CGCGGCUCCUAAAUCUACCCUGAACCUUCCCGGUUUCUGUCUUUUCGGUUCCAGACAUGGGCACACCACAGAAGGAUGUUACUAUCAAGUCAGAUGCACCAGACACACUGUUACUGGAGAAACAUGCAGACUAUAUCGCGUCCUAUGGCUCAAAGAAAGAUGAUUAUGAAUAUUGUAUGUCUGAGUAUUUGAGAAUGAGUGGCAUCUAUUGGGGCCUGACAGUGAUGGAUCUCAUGGGCCAGCUUGAUCGCAUGAAUAGAGAAGAAAUACUGACAUUUAUUAAGUCAUGUCAACAUGAAUGUGGUGGAAUAAGUGCCAGUAUUGGACACGAUCCUCAUCUUUUGUACACUCUUAGUGCUGUCCAGAUUCUUACUCUGUAUGAUAGCAUUAAUGUUAUUGACAUCGAUAAAGUGGUGGAGUAUGUUCAGAGUCUACAGAAAGAAGAUGGUUCUUUUGCUGGAGAUGUUUGGGGCGAAAUUGAUACAAGAUUCUCCUUCUGUGCGGUGGCAACUUUGGCACUAUUGGGGAAGCUCGAUGCCAUUAAUGUAGAAAAAGCAAUUGAAUUUGUUUUGUCCUGUAUGAACUUUGAUGGUGGAUUUGGUUGCCGGCCAGGUUCUGAAUCUCAUGCUGGACAGAUCUAUUGUUGCACAGGAUUCCUGGCAAUUACAAGUCAAUUACAUCAAGUAAAUUCUGACUUACUUGGUUGGUGGCUCUGUGAACGACAGUUACCCUCAGGUGGACUCAAUGGAAGGCCAGAGAAGUUACCAGAUGUUUGCUAUUCCUGGUGGGUAUUGGCUUCCUUAAAGAUCAUUGGAAGACUUCAUUGGAUUGAUAGAGAGAAGCUUCGAAGUUUCAUUUUAGCAUGUCAAGAUGAAGAAACUGGAGGUUUUGCAGACAGGCCAGGAGAUAUGGUGGAUCCUUUUCAUACAUUAUUUGGAAUUGCUGGAUUGUCACUGUUGGGGGAAGAACAGGUUAAACCUGUUAGUCCUGUCUUUUGCAUGCCUGAAGAAGUGCUUCGCAGGGUGAAUGUUCAGCCUGAACUAGUGAACUAGACUCAUCAGUGGGAAAAAUGCUUAAUAUAGUUUUGCAAUCUCAACAUUUCUCUAUUUGAAGUACUUACUGAAUCUAGAAGUGACUACUCUUAGUAUUUAUGUAUUAUAUUUUGAUGUAUUAAAUUAAUUUUAAUAAAUUAUGUAAUUAUAUGUACUGUAAUAUAAAGGCUUGUAUUGUAUUUUCAGCUUUUUACUUUAAUUCUUAAUUUCUAUUUGGAAUUUUUGUUUAUUUUGUCUCUAUAGUAAACAAUUUAAAAUAAGAUUUAUUUUUAGUUCUCUUUCCCAUGUGCUCCUAAUUCUAGGUCCUAUGACAGUAGUGUAUUGGUAGUGUAUUGGUUUGUUUGAAGAAAAAACUAUCCAUAAGUCAAUUCCUAGAAUUUUAGAAGCAGCUCUGUGUGAUCAAGUUAGGAUUCAAGAGAUUCUUAUGCUACUUUGGAAAUCAGGUCAUCCUGUCCUUUUUGGCUGUUUUGUAAUGCCAAUGGGUAGGUUUCAGGCUGUUAGAGAAAGGGAAAUAGAAUCUUGAGUUUGUGGUGCCUUUGUAGAUUUCUUGGGGGGAAAGAGAAAG